AUGCCAAAGAGAAUACCAUCCACAAAGACAAGACCUGCUCCGGUUAGGAGACCUUCUGCUACCUCCCAUGGGCCACCUCCACCUCCACCCUCUAAUCCAGGACCCUUGAGGCCGCCUUUGAAUCCAAACCAAAGAGCGAGAUCUCAUGAGACUGAGAGUCGUAGGCCACGAUAUCCCCCUGCGGCAGGAAGUCCAAGACACUCAUACUAUGAUCGUCCUGCACCACCAAAACGGAGGGACUCAGGAUGGAGAUCUGUAUCUCCUACCGGUCGAGCUCCUCCUCCUCCUCCCCCACAUCCAGAAAGAAUCCUCAGACGUCGCGUGACAAGAGAUUCAGAUUGGAUGUCAGAGGAUGAGAGUAGACCUACUUCUCAUCGACAAACUCCAAGCCCAACUCGGCGCCCAAGGCAAGAUUAUCGACCUCAUGGACACGAAACACCACCAUGGCCCAGUUCCCCCAAACCGACCAACGCAAGGCCUGCGAUGAGGUCUUACCCAACCGACAGCUCCCGGCCUGACCCCAGACGAUUUCAUUCUUACGAGGCACCACCUUCGCCAAAGCGUCCCCCCGGAGCAGGCAAACGGUCCCCACCUUCAGGAUACAGACCAGCGCCUAAUCUAGCUGCAGACAUGCUUCGAGGAAGGACUCGAUCAAGGACAAACUCACCGCUGAGUAACCAAGAGACUCCCCGGCCUUCAACUCACGAGAGACGACCAAGUUACAACAAUGCUUCCCCACGUCAUUCUCCCAGGACACAACCGGCCAAGCCCGCAAAACAGAACAAGUCUGAACAAGCUGCGAAACCCGAUGCGCAAAAGAAAGGAUUUGAUUUUAUGAAGCAUCUUCCUCAAGCAUUUGCCACCUACGCUGGCAUAGAAGCUCUAAGCGAACACGCCGAAACGGCCAAAGAUUGGGCAGACUGGUUCAUGAACCUCCGCAAAACACCUGAAGAGAUCCACGGGCUAUCAGUAAAAGCAACAACAGCCAGAGACACAAUCACCCAAAUUCAAAAAACACUAGAAGCACGGCCUGAUAUCAUCGAUGGAGAUGAUGCUCGUCCUAUGAGGAGGCAAAUCGACGAAGCUAUCAGGAAUGCCACUACUGCUUUGGACAAGAUGACAAAGUUGCUCCAAGAGAUCAGUAGUGAUGGUCUAGAGGGUACCAAGUUUGCAAGUCUCGAGGAGUUUUAUAAUUCCUACAAGUACAAGGAUGAGUGGGAGGAAAAGAUUAAGCUUGCUGAUACUGAUGUUGAAAAGGAAUUGGCAGCUUUGAGUAAGCUCAUGGUCAACAUUUAUGCGCGUGCUCUUAUGAAGCCUCCUCCACCAGGCUUUGAGAAUCCGAUACCCCCACCAGCUCCUGGACAUACAUCUGCCUCACAUGAUGCAAGACGUCCAAGUGCUACAAGUCGUGGAUCGAGGUCAAGGGUCGCUUCACCAAUCUUGGAGCCUCCGCCAGUUGGACAGCAUCGGAGGUCCAUAGAGGUUGAAGACGAUGAGCCGAUACAUGCUGAAACCACUAAUGGUGUGAAAAACGGGUUAGCUCCAGAUAUAGAAGUCAAAGAGCAGCCGGUAGUACCCAAGGAGGAGGAAAAGACUGUUAAUGGCGGAAACACCGAUGUUGAAGAUGCUGCUGAUACGUUAUCGACAGAACCCAAAGGUGUCAAGCUCAAAGUUGACGAUGGUCCGCUCAAGACAGACAACAGCCCAGAAGACAUUUUACCAGCACCAGCUAAAGGUCCGGAAAUUUCGAAGGACCAAGACUUGCCCAAGAAAGAAGAACCGACAGGUAUAAAACCGGCAGAGCCAACAUCAACAGCAGCCCAAGCCCCUAAGCCUUCAUCACCAGCCAAGACUCCUGAAGAUAGUCUACUCGACGCGGCUUGGAACGGCGACAUCCAAGCCUGCAACGAAGCUCUCCGUCAUACAUCCCCAACAACCCGCGACUCCCAUGGUCUCACACCCCUCCAUCUCGCCGCAGAACGCGAUCACCUCGCAAUAGCAAUGCUCCUCCGCGACAGCGGCGCAUCCGCCUCUUCCCGCACAAAAGACGGGCGUACACCUCUCCACCUCGCAUCCCGCUACGGUUCUUCUGCUAUUGUAGAGUUUCUACUAGAUGAUGCAAAUGCUGAUCCGAAUGCCAAGACUGUCGAUGGACGAACACCUCUGCACUAUGCUGCGAGUGCAGCGGCAGAUGGGGAUGAGGAGAAGAGGGAGGUUGUGAGACUGUUGAGAGAUUAUAAAGCGGAUCCGACUGUUAAGGAUGGGAAGGGAAGAACGGCGAGGGAUGUUGCGCAGAAGAGGGAUUAUUGGGAUGUUUCGGCUACGUUGAGAAGGGCGGAGAAGAAGUGGGAGGAGGAACAUCAUCAGAAUUGGUUUCAGAGGCAUGGACUUAAGCGAUGA